AUGCGCCAUACCCACCCCAUCCUCAUACUCAUCUCCCUCUUCACUCUGUACACACUCUCCCUCGCAGACCUAGAUGAAUCAGGAACCCAAUUCAUCUCCUAUAACGGAAGUAUCUCCGGUACCUUCAAACACUCCGAGCAAUUUCCAGACUGCCCAACCCCAACCUACUACUUCAGCUCCCUCGAAAAUGCACUCGUCAAAGUCGGCGCCAACCCACCUUGGGAUACAAAUCCCUUCUACUUCAAUAUACAGCACAAUGGGCAACAAGUUUCUACAUAUGAUUCAGACGAGUACUGCUUCAGUCUGGGCGGAUGCACCUACGACUCCAUCUACAAUUUAUUCCUGGAGACGGCGUGGUAUCGCUGUCUUGCUGAUGAUGGUUCUUCAUGUGAAUUUAUAGAAUGGGAUUAUUAUUUUGAGCCUGUUGAGAUUCUGGAUUUGAAUCUUGCUACUACGGCCUCGAUUGGUGAUGGUAAUGAGGAGAAGGGGUAUAGUACUAUCGGGGACCAGUCGAGUUUUGUGAAGAAUAAUCUUGUUUCUGAUUAUUCGAUGGAUUUUCAACGGCCGCAUAACUAUACCGAGAGGGAUGAGUGCGUUGAGACUCUUACUUUUGAAUGGAAUACCACUACGCCCUUCACAUACGCGCUGAAUUUCACGAAUACCAGUGCUCAAGCGUUAUUUUCGUUAACUGCCCCCUCUGGUACGGUGGAAUUCUUUUUCUCUGGCCUUCGGGUUGAUGGUGGUCAGAGCUCGACUUCGCAGACGCCUGAGGUUGAUCCUUAUAAUAACGGAAAUUAUACUCCUAUUUCGUUAAAUGCGAGCGGGGAAUACCCAAGCUUUACUUUUGUUAAUGGGUCUGGGAUUGGUUGGAAGAAUCAUUCGGAUGGAUGGGAUGCUACUGCGUCUUCUGCUGUUCUUCGGGUUGAGAUUGAGAAUAUUUGGAAGCAGUUGAUGGCAAUUUCGGGGAUGAUGCUACUUGGCAUGACUCUUAACUAG